CAGAGAUCCGCCUGCCUCUGCCUCCCAAGUGCUGGGAUUAAAGGCAUGUGCCACCAUCGCCCGAAAAUUUCUUAAUAAAGAAAAAAGAAAAAAAUAAAUAACAGAAAUUGUCAUGUGUGCUGUGCCUUGGGCUCCAUUGUGGAGAAAGUGAGUCAGCUCAGCAGCAGCACCAUGGAUGUAGUGACCUAUAACGAUGUGCAUGUCAACUUCACUCAGGAAGAGUGGGCAUUGCUGGAUCCUUCCCAGAAGAGUUUCUACAGAGAUGUGAUAUUGGAGACCUAUAUGAACCUCACUGAUAUAGGCUACAAUUGGGAAGAUCAUAACGUUGAAGAACAUUGUCAAAGUUCUCAAAGAUACGGAAGUUACGUUGUAUGUCACUCUGGAUACAAGCCAUAUGAGCACAGGGAUAUAGAAAGAAGCAAUCUCCAUCUCAGAACAAUUAGAAGAUAUGUAGUACUUAUGUUGAGUAGAUUUGUUGAAUGUAAUUCAAGUUUACAAGUAAUCAGUUUUCCAGCUCCAAUGGGAAUAUAUCAACAAACACACUGCAGAAAAGCCCUAUGAAUACUAGUAAUGUGUAAAUACUUCUGUUUGUCCUGAUUCACUUUGCAAAUGUAGUAUGACUCACAGUAUAGGAAAUUUAUCAAUGGAAUAAGUGGGGUAAAGGUCUGAAUUCUACAAGUUCUCUUCAAAUAUGUGAAA